GCACUCAUUCACAAAUAGCAAGUGAUAGAUGACAAGACGAUAUUAGUUUGUGGCAAUGUUCUACGCUCUCAUGCAUCAUUCUAAGAUCGUGAAUAAUAAACUGAAAUACGAACAACUGUGGCAUAGUGACAAUUGGUGUGACAGUCAUUCCCCGCGAUUCGAGCAUCAACAGAGAUAACCCAGAGUACAUCAGAUCGAGUGCAGUGAUUAAAAGAGUAAGAAGCGGUCGAUCAAUCAAUCGAGUCUAGAUCACCUACGGAGACAAACGUGUCUGAUCGACGAGACGAGUCAAGAAGAUUUUGUUAACAAUUUCGAAAUCAAUCAAGAUGGCAGCAGUCCAGACUCCCACUGAGAUGAGCCUUUCAGCAUCUCUACCAGUGCAGCAGGAGCAAUCAGAAAUUGAUCUGAUGGCGCUAACGAUGGCGGCUCUACGCUUCGUGAACCCUUGGUCUGUAGAGACCAAACAAAACAAAUGGCAAGAUCAGAUAGUCCCGGGAGCACCGGAGGCUAAAGAUCGCACGAUCACCCUGGCGGAAGUCAGGCUACAUGACACGCCGCAAGAUUGCUGGGUGGUCAUCUACGAUCGAGUGUACGACAUCACCAACUUCUUUGAUGAGCACCCUGGUGGAGCAGACAUCAUGUUUGAGUACGCGGGCCACGACGCCAGCACUGCCUUCCGUAGCUCGGGACACUCACGCAUGGCCAUCAAAGCGUUAGAACGGUUCCUGGUCGGAGAGCUGCCCAUGCAGGAGCGCAUGUACCGACGACCGGGCGGAAUCCGUCUCAGUGACAUUCCAGAAUGAAACAGCCCAGUACUUCAGAUAAGUGUGCGGCCGAACUAAUUAAGAUUAAAUGGAAUUCGCCCAACGAGCUUUAUUCAUCGUCCAGUUAAUCAAUUUGGAGAUGAAUUGGAAAGCGGGAUGAAGAGAUAGAAGUAAAAAUGUCCUAUUCUCUUAACCAAUUUCUACUUAAGUUUUCGUUCUUAUUAGGUUUUUGUUAAGUUUUAUCAAAACAGCUUUAUUUUAGUAUAAGUUAGAUAUGCUAGAAGCCUGUUAUCACGUCAAAGUUUCUUAAACCGAGAUAGUAAGGGCAAACCGAGUAGGUACGUGUAUGUGUGAUAAGUUGAUAUAAUUUAUUUCGCUAACCAUGACUUGCUUAUCCAAGAAUUUGUACUUUAUAAUAAUUAUUGUUACUGUUAACCUCGGUCAGUGAUGUCAGCUUUGAUAAGCGCCGUCUCGUGAAAACGAACAUGGCCAUGUAGGUACCAAGUAGGUAUACUUUUACCUCUGUUCAUCAAGUAGCGAAUGUAUUUAAUUAUUCCAAGAUAUUUACAUUUAUAUAAUUAUUAAAUUAUUAUAUCGACAAUUCUUGCCAAGUUGUCACAAUGCAGGGCGGCGGUUAGUUAACGGAUGUUGUACCUACGUCAUUAUUUCAGGUCAACGAUAACAUUAUCUUUUUGGCCAAAUUUUGGCGAAAUUGUUCUUUAUUAGUUGAGAUGAUUGUAUUGUCCACAAGUUUAACUAAGUUUACGUGCUUUAAUUGUAUUGUAAUUUUAGAUAUAACUCAGUAUUCAUUUUUAAUGUAUUGUAAUUAAUUGUUAUCUUUAUUAGUAUUAAGUGCCCUUUUUAUGUUCCUAUUACUUUAUAAUUUUGAAGAAAAAUAUAUUUUUUGAUUUACAAAAUUA